AUGGGGAAUGAUAGUUCUCUUGCAACUGUGGAGAUUACCGUGCAUCCUACCAUUUUCCCAAGAGCUGGAUAUGGAGUCUUGGCUUUCCUGAUGUUUAUUAAUGCUUUAUUUUCAAUAUUUAAUAAUUUUUUGGUUAUUGCUGUAACGCUGAAGAAUCCUCAGCUCCGUAACCCCAUCAACAUAUUCAUUCUUAACGUCUCCUUUUCAGAUCUUAUGAUGUCCCUCUGUGGAACCACCAUUGUUAUAGCUACAAACUACCGUGGAUAUUUCUUCCUGGGAAAGAGGUUCUGCACUUUCCAGGGAUUUGCUGUCAAUUAUUUUGGAAUUGUUUCUCUUUGGUCCCUGACCAUUUUAGCUUACGAAAGAUACAAUGUGGUCUGCCAGCCUCUGGGAACUCUCCAGAUGAGCAAGAAGAGAGGUUACCAGCUCCUUGGUUUCAUCUGGGUUUUCUGUCUCUUCUGGGCUGUGGUCCCACUCUUUGGCUGGAGUUCUUAUGGACCCGAAGGAGUCCAGACAUCAUGCUCCAUUGGCUGGGAAGAUAGAUCUUGGAACAACUAUAGCUUUCUGAUUGUAUACUUCUUGUCCUGCUUCUUUAUCCCUGUCCUGAUCAUUGGGUUUUCAUAUGGCAAUGUCAUUAGGUCACUGCGUGGGCUAAAUAAGAAAGUUGAAGAAAUGGGAGGAAAAGGUAAUCCGGAAGAAGAGUUUCGAGCCGUAAUUAUGGUGCUUGUGAUGGUGGUGGCUUUUUUGAUCUGCUGGCUGCCGUACACAGUCUUUGCUCUUACUGUUGUUAUUGACCCAGCCCUGAAUAUUUCCCCUCUGGCUGCAACCAUCCCAACAUAUCUCUCCAAAACAAGCCCAGUAUACAACCCAAUCAUCUACAUUUUCUUGAACAAACAGUUUCGUGAGUGUGCAGUUGAAUUUAUAACCUGUGGCCAAGUUCUUCUGGCAAAACCAGAUGAAGAGAUUUCGACAUCCGCAGCUCCAGCUGAAUCCAAAACUCCUUGUAAGAUCAACCAAGUGACUCCAGUCUGAUGUAGUUCUGUUGGCUGCAUUUUACAACAUUUUGUGCACUUUUUCUCCAGGAAACAUAAUGAAGCUCCUCUUCAGUGUCUUGUUAGUAAAUGAUCCAUGCCAGAAGAUAAUAAAUGUCCAUAGGGCUCCUUAUGAUGAAUGGCUUCACACAGUUUUCACUUGCUAAUGUCAGAAAAGUCUUGCUUACACCAAAUAUUCUCUGAAUAUAUAUAUAUAUAACAACAAUGAGUUUACUUGCAACACAUGAGAAAAGGGCUGGGUAUCUAAAUUGUGAACAAUGAACUUUUCCUCCAUUGUUGAUUAAAUGAUUAUGCAAAGGAACUAUCCUUGCCUACGAACCUUUCAUCCAAAGUUUUCUGCCACUCAGUUUUGUUCUCCUGUUCCAAGUGUGCUCUCCCCCUCCAUCCAGCCACCUUUACUGUCAGGUUCAGGAAGCAGAAAGCAUGUUAUAGUAGCUAGGCAAUGUGAAGGUAUGCAGGGCAACCAACCGCUAUUGUCUAGCACCCAGAAGGCAGCUGGAAACCAACAGCUGACAACUCCUAAGUGAGCUGGCAACUGGAGCAAAUGUCCCAUUCAUCUUGUGCACUUGUGGCAGGCAUAUUGUAGACAACUGGAGAACGGAAACCUGAAUAAAUGCCCCAGUGAUUGUGGUUUGCUUUCUGUCAUUGCCCGUUUGUGCUGCUUUUUAAAAAUAUGGUCAUGUUUUUUUCC